CUCACUUUGACCAGCUAAAGUGAGACCUAAAGGCCAUGGUAGCUGGUGUGUUGUGUCGGUAGGGGCUAUUUCGGGGCCUCCUUUGUGGAAGAGAGUGGCAGUACGCUACGUUUUGCCCUUCUAGAAACAAGUUCGAGCUGAACGGUCCAGAGACUCCAAUGGAUACGGAUGCCGGGGUCUCCGCGCCACCGCUCGGUGCCGAGCUUUGUACCGUGAAAGUGGAGGAGGACUCACUCGGAAGUCAGAAGCCCUCCGGACUCGGGGAUUGUCAGAACCCCGAAACUUCUCGAAAACUGUUCAGGCAGUUGCGCUACCAGGAAGUGGCGGGCCCCGAAGAGGCGCUGAGCCGACUCUGGGAGCUCUGUCGGCGGUGGCUGAGGCCGGAGCUGCGCUCCAAGGAGCAGAUCCUGGAGCUGCUGGUGCUGGAGCAGUUCCUCACCAUCCUGCCGCAGGAGCUCCAGGCUUGCGUGCGGGACCUCUGCCCUGAGAGCGGGGAGGAGGCUGCGGUGUUGGUGCGGACUCUACAAAGAGCACUGGACCGGGCCUCCCCACAGGGCCUUGUGACUUACAAGGAUAUGGCCGAAUCUCUGACCUGGGAAGAGUGGGAGCAGCUGGCCGCAGCUCGGAAGAGUUUCUGCAGAGAGAGCACGAAGGAUCGUGACGGCACAGUUCUGCCUGGCUUGGAAACCAGAGCUCCAAGCACAGACUGGAUUCCAAAGCAAGAGACUUUAAAGGAAGCAGAAUCACAGGCACGGGUGCAAGAAGUGUCCCAGGGAAAGGUCCCACUGUUUACCAAGUGUGCUGAUGCCGUUGAGGACUGGGAAGAGAAGCUGCCGAAAGACUCUGUGUUGUUGCAUCUCCAGAGUUCUCCUGAAGAGCAAGGACGCACUGCCAUCCCUCCUCUCAUAGGUGUGUCCGAGAGUCACGAAUUUGGGAACAGUGCCAGCCUUGGCCUUGGUCAGCACAUCCAGGCAGCAAAGAGUCUCAGUGCCACUGAUGCACAUGGGAGUGACCACAAACAAGGCUUCCAUGUGAAAUUCUGUACAGCAAAACCUCACAACUCUGUUGACAGUAGUUUGGGGCUCCGUGAGGACAAACCCUACAAAUGUGACAGCUGUGAGAAGAGGUUCAGACAGUGCUCAGAUCUUUUUAAACACCAGAGGACCCACACAGGUGAGAAGCCCUAUCAGUGCCAAACAUGUGGGAAAAGCUUCAGCCAGAGUGCUGCCCUUGUUAAACACCAGCGGACACACACAGGUGAGAAGCCGUAUGCCUGCCCAGAGUGCGGGGAAUGCUUCAGGCAGAGCUCGCACCUCACUCGGCAUCAGAGGACCCAUGCCAGCGAGAAGUACUGUAAAUGUGAGGAGUGCGGGGAGGUCUUUCAUAUCUCUAGCCUUUGUAGACAUCAGAGACUCCAUAAAGGGGAGAGACCAUACAAGUGUGAGGACUGCCAGAAGAGCUUCAAACAGCGCUCAGACCUCUUUAAGCAUCAGAGAAUCCACACGGGAGAGAAGCCCUAUGUGUGUUUUGUCUGUGGGAAAAGCUUCACUCAGAGUGCAACCCUCAUUAAACACCAGAGAACUCACACGGGAGAAAAACCUUAUAAAUGUCUUCAGUGUGGUGAAAGAUUUAGACAGAGUACACACCUUGUCCGACACCAGAGAAUCCACCGAACCACAGUCUCCUAGCUUUCAUGUGUCUCUGUGUGACUUGUGGGUGUUUUUGCUGUUGCUGCUAUUUUUGAGAAAAGGUCUCACUGUGCAGCCCUGGCUGACCUGGAAGAAGCUAUAUAAAGCAGGCUGGCCUCAAAUGUGGAGACCAACUUGCCUCCACCUCCAUCUCCUGAGUGCUGAGAUUAAAGGUGUGCACCCACCAUGCCCAGCAUGGCUUGUGUUUUGGUUCUUCAGUUGUUUCUUUGUCCGAAAACUACAUUCUUUGUCAUUUGGAACAUUUUAGUCACUCUUAGAUUUCCUUAGGCCUCACACACAAGAGACAUUGGUCUGAUUUGAAAAAUUUUGUCUGUUUUUUGAGAUAGGAUUUUAUUGUAUAGCUCUGGCCGUCCUGGAACACACUAUGAGGACCUGGCUGGCCUAGAACUCAAAGAUUCUCCUCCCUCUACCUUCCAAGUGCUGGGAUUAAAGACAUGUACCACCAAGCUUGGCUUGGUUUGAACCUUAAUACAUGCUUUUUUAAAAUAUUUUUUUAUUAUGUAUACAAUAGUCUGUCUGUGUGUAUGCCUGCAGGCCAGAAGAGGGUGCCAGACCUCAUUACAGAUGGUUGUGAGCCACCAUGUGGUUGCUGGAAAUUGAACUCAGGACCUUUGGAAGAGCAGGCAGUGCUCUUAACCACUGAGACAUCGCUCAAGUCCCCCUUAAUACAUGCUUUUACAGACAAAAAAAUAAGCAGAGAAACAUCAUAAACCGGGCGGUGGUGGCACAAGCUUUUAAUGCCAGCACUCAGGAGGCAGAGGCAGGUGGAUAUCUGAGUUUGAGGCCAGCCUGGUUUACAAAAAAGAACCCACUACCCUACUCUAAAUACAGGCAGACUCAAAAGUUUGGUGGUACACACCUAUAAUGCCAGCACUUGGGAAAGUUGACACAAGAGGUGUUAGGUUGGUGUUGAUCUUUGGCCCAAGAUGGAGUCACUUAAGACACCAAGAUAGAUGACCGUUGUGGGAUUCAGCCUCUUCGGUAACUGAACAGUCUAUAGUUUUCAGAAGUCUGCUGACUCCUUGUCUCAGUAGAAACAGCCUCGUGCUAUCCUAACAACCCCCCAGUAAGUCUUGCUUAGUGCAGUACAUUUUGCCUGGAACAGUUCUUUUUUCCCUAAUGGUUUCCCCACCAAACUCCAAAAGGCAGUCCAAAUAUCCAGAAAAGAACUCAACCUGGACAAUAGAAUUUCUGGCAGUUAGAUAAAGCAGCAUUCAUAAGGAACCCGUGAAGCCCGUUUCCCUCUGCUAAAAGGAGUCACUUCCCUUAUCUCUGGCAAAAGAGAAGUCUGGUCACCUAUGAUGUCUAUCAACAUGCCAAAGUGCAUGCUGGCCUCCAGGCUCCCUCAGAAUCACAAGUACUUGUCACACAUUUCAAAGUCCGUGCUAUAGCAUCCUGACUCUUUUUCACCUUCUCUCUACUAAACUCCCUUCAGUUCCCUGGCUUCCCUUCCCCCAGCUAUUUAUUCGUUGUUUAUAAUAACGACGAAUUCUCCAUGUGUUCUCUCUAGCCUCUGUUCCUGUUUCUCUCUCUUUCUGAAACUGGGUUUCUCUAUGUAAGCCCUGGCUGUCCCCACUCUGUAGAUCAGGCUGGCCUUGGACUCAGAGAUCCGCCUCUGCCUCCCGAGGAAUUAAAAGAGUGCGCAACCAGA